CUGUAGGAGAAGCUACAGAAUUUGUUGCAGUUUGCUCUGAAACAGUGAAUUUCCGCACGAUGCCGAAGUAUUACUGUGACUAUUGUGACACCUACCUCACGCACGAUUCGCCCAGCGUCCGGAAGACACACUGCACCGGCCGCAAGCACAAAGAUAAUGUGAAAUUCUACUACCAGAAAUGGAUGGAGGAACAGGCGCAGCAUCUCAUCGAUGCGACAACGGCAGCGUACAAAGCUGGCAAGAUUGCCUCGAACCCGUUCACUACUGGGCCACCGAAACCAAACAUUUCCAUUCCGCCGCCGACGAUGAACAUGCCGCCCCGGCCAGGCAUCAUUCCCGGCAUGCCGGCAGGCGCACCGCCCCUACUGAUGGGACCGAACGGACCACUGCCGCCACCGAUGAUGGGAAUGCGUCCUCCGCCGAUGAUGGUACCGACGAUGGGUAUGCCACCGAUGGGAUUAGGGAUGCGACCCCCGGUAAUGAGUACCGCACCGCCACAGCUUAACCAGAAAAGCUAAGCCUUGAUUUAUGGCCGUAUUUACUACGUUCUUCUUCCGUAAGGUUUAUUUGUGUAUCAUUAGAAAAUACGAAAAUAUAACAAAUAUGUGUGCAGAUAA